UGGAGAGGGUUCGAGUGGGGAUGAGGGAUGAGAAGAGCAAUCAGAGAGGAGCUACAGGUACUGAGUGAGCCUGGCGGCCAGCCUAUGCUUUGGUAUGCUAAUAGGCACCUCAGUGAGCCAUUUGUCUGGGUUUCUUAGGGACCUGACAGUUUGGAUCCUGAGGGCCUUGCCUCCUUCGCUACUGCCCUCGGUGUGACGGGAGACGGGCUCCCACACCACCCAAGAGGACGAGGAAGAGUCAUCAAGGAUUUGACCCUCAUGGCAGCCUUGGGCUUUGGCUUCCUUUCCUCAUCUUUUCGGAGACACAGCUGGAGCAGCGUGGCCUUCAACCUCUUCAUGCUGGCCCUCGGGGUGCAGGCAUCAGUCUUGCUGGACCACUUCCUGAGCUGGACCUCCCAAAAGGAUGCGCUCAGUCUGCUCAGCAUCCGGAAAGCCACCAUGAGCACGAUGCCUGUGCUCAUCUCAGCCGGGGCCGUCCUCGGGAAGGCCAACUUGGUGCAGCUGGCCGUGAUGGUGCUGAUGGAGACAGCGGCCUUCGGAGCCACCAGGUUUGCUGACAAGCAGGUCUUCCAGGUGGAAGACCACACAGUGAUGAUGCAUGGGCACAUGUUCGGGGCCUAUUUUGGGCUGCUCGUGGCCUGGUGCCUCUCCAGGUCUCUGCCCAGUGGAGUGGAUGAGAAGGUCCAGACAGAGAAGGUUCAGAUGGCCACAGGCUCCAGUCUGUUUGCCAUGCUGGGUACCCUCCUCUUGUGGAUAUUCUGGCCAAGUUUCAACUCUGCUCUGGUGGAAUUGACAGAUAAAAAGAAUGCUGUGCUCAACACCUACUAUGCCCUUGCCGUCAGCACAGUGACAGCCACCUCCAUGUCAGCCCUGAGUCACUCCCAGGGAAAGAUCAACAUGGUUCAUAUCCACAAUGCAGUCCUGGCAGGAGGCGUGGCUGUGGGUGCCCCAUGUUCCCUGAUUCCUUCUCCUUGGAUCGCCAUGGUGCUGGGCCUCACAGCUGGGCUGAUCUCCAUUGGGGGAGCCAAGUGCCUGCCGGUGUGUUUGAACCGCAUGCUGCAGAUCCAGAACCCCGGGGGGACCCACUACACCUUCGGCUUGCCGGGCGUGCUAGGAGCAGUCACCUACAUUCUGCUGAAAACUAGGAAGAACAGCUACUCCAUAUUCGAUGUAAACCAGAUGAUCAUUGACUUCGGGGCUCUCAGCUUUGCUCUGGCGAUGGGAAUGGCGGCUGGACUCCUAACAGGUUGGCUCCUAAAUAUCAAAGUGUGGAGGGCGCCCCAUGCAACCAAGUACUUUGAUGAUCAGGCUUUCUGGGAGUUCCCUCACUUGGCUGUUGGAUUUUAAGCAAAAACGUCUGAGAACGCGAGGCUGAGCGUGGAGAUGUCCCUCUUCGUGUGUUCCAUUUGUGUUUGUAACUUGUGUUACGAGCAAGUCUUCAAAUGGCGAUUUCAGUUUAAAUAGUGUGCUUGGUUUCGUGACAGAUGCUAUCAAUAUGCUGGCUGCAGACACCUCAUUAAAGUUCCGGUCCAAUUCUGUCAA